CACCCCACUCAUAGUGUAGGGCGGGGAGUGCCGCAGGCCCACUGUAGUGUACGGCGUAUCCCGUGGUUAGAGGAGGCGGAGACGGGACCCGAUGUUACGUCAGCAGGUCACGUGCUCCUAGAUCUACCUACAGAAGAUGUCACCGGCUGGGAGGGUGAUAGUGGCGAGAAACCUGCUGGCCCUAGCGGUCGGUACGGGUGUCUGCUACUGCGUCUACAGAGCGCUGUCAGCUGGAAGGAAGAAGCACGAGAGCGGUACACGGGACAGAGCGCCACCUGGUGGCCACGGCAGGAGCACCGAAUCCCGAUCUGAAGCCAUUCCGAAGUCUGCUAGUAAUCUGGAACGACAUCAUUUAGAAACACUUCUUCAGAUUCUCUCAAGCAACUCAGAUGCUUCAGCUCAAGAGCAGAUCUUAAUCACUCUCUGUAACAUCUCAGCAUUUUCCACAAACCAUGAUAUAAUUCGGAAUUUAGAUGGUAUUCGUAUUAUUGGAGGGUUCCUUUCACACGCUGAUCCGAAAAUAAAAGCAGGUGCUCUUAAUGUACUCAACAACCUGAGCUUGAACCUACCAAAUCAGGAGCAAAUACAGGCUUUUAUAAAUGAAGUAUUAAAGGAUAUCACAGAGUGUUUGUUAAAUUCUGAAGUCCAGCUGGCUGGCCUGAGACUGGUGAUCAAUAUGUCAGUCACCAAUAAGUACCAUGAAAAGAUGGAAGAUUCUGUUCCAAAUCUACUCUAUUUACUAGAUGAAGGAAAUGACACCACCAAGAUACACACAUUAAAACUUCUUGUGAACAUGUCUGCAAAUCCUUUGAUGACUAGACCUCUCCUUGCAAAUAAGGCACCAUCAUUGUUCCCGUCGCUCUUUGAUGGCAGCAUUAAUAGGGAUGUACUCAUAAGAGCCCUGAGUUUUACAGCAAAUCUUUCUGAGAACCUGGCUAAAGAGCAGCAGUAUGAUGGCCCCCGUCACCUUAAAGAAGACUCCAUCUAUGCAGUUCUGUUUAAAGAUCCAGCAGUACUCCAAAGAAAUCUUGUACCAUUAUUACUCUUCCCCGACAUGGAAAUAAAAGAAGAAGCCUAUAGAUGUAUUAGAAGUACUGAAACAUUACUAAUGUAACGCAGGAAAAGUUCUUCGUUUUUUAUCUUCAGUAAUAAACUUGUUAAACCUGAAGUGGUGGAAGUGUUAGCAUUAUCCACUAAUGGUACUACAUGUCAGCCUCGACAAAUACGGAGGUGCAAACACCUUCGCACAAUAACCUUGGCUCAUUGGGCACCUUCUCCACCCUGAGGCCUCGUCCACAUUUCCAUGUCCGUGACACAUCCAUGAAAAAAAGCGUACGUGUGUCAUCCAUGAAGAUGUCCAUGAAGGAUCAGUGAU